AUGGGCUACCACAGGAGCCGCGGCCGCGACAGCCGGAGCUUUGCGGAGCAGAAGGCCGGCCGACGCUUGGACCUUCGGUCCAGGUCGAAGUCUGCGCCAAGGCCUCCGAGGGAGGCCUUGCCACGGCGGCGCAGAGAGCCCCGCGGAGCCUCGCGCUCCCGGGAGCGAGAGCCGCGAGAGCCGCGAGAGCCGCGGGAGCCGCGGGAGCCGCGGGAGCCGCUGCCGCGGCCAGCGCGGGAGCCGCGGGAGGUUCCGCCGCAGGAACCAGUGCCGCAGGCGAAGCCGCGGCGCAGCAAAUGGGAUGACCGAGGAGACGGUGCUAGUCCAGCUGGUGCCGUCCCCGUGCCAGAGUGGGUCCGAGAUUUGGAGCUGCAGGUGCCGUUGCAACCUGUGAAGCAGCGGGUCAGGCACAAAACCAUGAGGCUGAAGGCGGUGCAGAUCCGCGUGCUGCUGGGCAAAGGUGGAGAAACCAUCAGGAACAUUUGUGAACGCACCAAUGCGGACAUCAAGGUGGACCACGACCGGGUGGCAGAUGAGGGUGACAUCAAUAUCACUGGAGAUGUGGAGUUGACAGAAGCAAUCAUCAGGGAGACCUUGGCCUCCAAAGGCUGUCCGCUGCCAGAGGAUGAGAUCCACAAUCCUGAAGAGGCGGACCUCUCAAUCCCGGAGGACAUGGUAGGGCUGUUCAUCGGAAGAGGCGGUGAGCACAUCAAGGCCAUCCGUGAAGCUUGCGGUGGAAGCCUCUACAUUGGUGUCAACGCUACCGGAGGGGGUGGCCCACACAAGAUACAGAUCGUGGGAGAUCAAAGAGCGAAAGCCAAAGAGCUGGUUCGAAAUCGCUUGAAGGAGAUGUGGGAGCAGGAGGCCAAGAAGUCGAGCCGCCAGGCCGAGGCGACGCCCUGGUGGCACGAAUCCACGACGUCUGGCUGGUGGGAAGAGGACUGGGGUGAGCCCAGUCAUUUCCCGAUGCGGCCCGGUCCCAUGAACUCCUGGGGGCCCGGGCACAUGCCCGUGGGAUCUAUGGGCAAUCUGCACAAUCCCAUGGCCAUGGGUAUGGGUCCCAUGGGCCCGCCAGGCCCCAUGGGCCCCAUGGGAAGCCCCAUGGGAAGCCCCAUGGGAAGCCCCAUGGGCCCCAUGGGCCCCAUGGCGAGCCCCAUGGGCCCCAUGAACCCCAUGGCAAGCCCCACAGGUCCUAUGGGUCCUAUGGGGAGCCCCAUGCAAAGCCCCAUGGGCUCGAUGGGCAAUCCGAAUGGGAUGCCCUGUCCCGGUCCGGGGCCCGGCCCCAGGCCAAUGGGAUCAAUGGGAUGUGUGGCAACAGGGAUGCCUGCAAGCCGGUGGGCGCCGAAUCAUUCGUUUUCCACAGCCAACGACUUGCCCAAGGCUGCUCCAGACGUGGCUUCCAUCCAACAAAGUGUGGAGGCCGAGCAAGAGGACAAUCCUUGGGCCGGCAUCGUCCCAGAGUGCGAGCUGCCCAGCGAGUGA